CGCGUUAGGCCACUCCGCCGUUCGCGACCUGUCACUUCCUGUCCGUCCCCCUGCCGCACGCCACCGGAGCUCACUCACCGAUUAGUCCCCACCUCAGACCCUCUCCGCGCGCGCCCAGUCCGGCGGCCGCCCUGCCCAACGCUAGGGUUUAGGUGGCGGCUGCAGGGUCACGCCGGCGCCCUCCGCCCUCCACCGGCCGCCGACAGAAGGGGUGACGUAGGUCACCUCGCUUUUCCUUGGCGAGCCGUCUGUCUGUUGGUGUCGGCCCGACAAACGCCGAGGAGGGAGACAGCGAGAUGCCGCACCGAGCGCGCCCGAUGACGGGGCUGCUGGUGUUCAUGGGCGUCAACCUCGCGCUCUUCAACACCAUCAGCCCCGUCUACGACUUCGUCUGCUUCCACCCCUACUGGGAACGAAGGAGAGAACGCCGCCGAAGGGAACUUGAAGCUCUGCGGGCGAAAGGAUCUCUAGAGACAACUAACUAAAUUCUCCUAAAGUCGGCAUCGGAGAUGAUGUCUUUGAUUUUAUCGGCGUCAUACAACCCUUGCUCCUUCAAGGCGUGCUCAAGCUCUUCUUUAGUAAUGUACCUGUGAGAUAAACGAAUUAUAUAUGUGUCCUGUUAUGAUAUGUGUCGUCCAGAAUUCAGGUACCAGCUGUAUCAUUUUAACGUUCAACUUACCCGCUGUUGUCCUUGUCGAAAUACUGGAAUGCUGUGUAAAGGUGCUCUUCUCUAUCCAGUUUGUUCAUAUGCACUGUUGCGGUGAC